GGCAGCAGAGAGAGGAGCCGCAGCUUGUUGUUGAUGCUGGAGCUUCUUCUGCAUCUCCGCGCGGAGCAGCGACUUCCUGUGAGAUCCGACCCGGCUGCCAGGCUGCUUCUCCGGGCGGCUCGUGUCUCUGCUCACCGGGGAGGAAGGCGCUGUCCCCGCGGUCCUGUGGCUGCUGCACGGCUCUGGAAGGCACCGGGGAACCCAGCAGAAGCGGCUGCGGCAGAAGCGGUCAUACAUGUGGGCUGUUCACACCGGAGGACCCGGCUCCUGUUCCUGCUUCCCCGCCUCCCAGCGACCCCGGGGCGGCCGCACAUAGCGUCAGUGGAGCGGGGCUGAUGGCCCUGGUGCUCGGCCCGGCCUUCAUCAGCAUCCCCAGCCUGUGCCCCUGCUAGGGAGCUACGAGCGGCCGUUUCCGUUAGCGGGGCGUCGAAGGGCAGAGCGGGUCCGGGCGGAGGAGGAGCCCGGGUGUGGGCGCAGCACCGCCCCGGUGCAUGGUGCCGCGGAGCCGCAGCGAGUGGAUGAGCCGCCGGAGCUGACCCGGAGAUGGCGGUCCUCAAACUGGCCGAGCAGCCGCCUCUCAUCCAGGCGAUCUUCAGUGGAGACCCUGAGGAAAUCCGAAUGCUCAUAUACAAGUCUGAAGACAUCAAUGCUCUGGACGCAGAGAAGCGCACGCCGCUCCACGCGGCGGCGUUCCUGGGCGAUGCCGAGAUCACCGAGCUCCUCAUCCUCUCUGGAGCUCGGGUCAACGCCAAAGAUAACAUGUGGCUCACCCCCCUCCAUCGCGCUGUGGCAUCCCGGAGCGAAGAGGCCGUGCGAGUUCUGAUCCGUCACUCGGCCGACGUCAACGCCCGGGACAAGAACUGGCAGACGCCGCUUCACGUCGCUGCGGCCAACAACGCGCUGCGCUGCGCCGAGGUCAUCAUCCCGCUGCUGAGCAGCGUCAACGUGUCGGACCGCGGGGGACGCACCGCCCUGCACCACGCUGCCCUCAAUGGCCACACUGAGAUGGUGAACCUCCUCCUCGCCAAAGGAGCCAACAUCAACGCCUUCGAUAAGAAAGACGGCCGAGCGCUGCACUGGGCGGCGUUCAUGGGUCAUCUGGAUGUGGUGUGUCUGCUGGUGAGUCAGGGGGCAGAGAUCAGCUGCAAGGACAAACGAGGAUACACCCCCCUCCACACGGCGGCGUCCAGCGGACAGAUCGCUGUGGUCAAACACCUGCUGAACCUGUCGGUGGAGAUAGACGAGUCCAACGCCUUCGGGAACACGGCGCUCCACGUGGCGUGCUUCAACGGUCAGGACGCCGUCGUGAGCGAGCUCAUCGACUACGGCGCCAACGUCAGCCAGCCCAACAACAAGGGCUUCACGCCGCUGCACUUUGCCGCCGCCUCCACGCACGGGGCGCUCUGCCUGGAGUUCCUGGUCAACAACGGGGCCGACGUCAACGUGCAGAGCCGCGAUGGGAAGAGUCCUCUCCACAUGACGGCGGUCCACGGACGCUUCACUCGCUCUCAGACGCUGAUCCAGAACGGUGGAGAGAUCGACUGCGUGGACAAGGACGGAAACACCCCCCUCCACAUCGCCGCCCGCUUCGGCCACGAACUCCUCAUCAACACGCUCAUCACCAGCGGAGCCGACUGCACCAGGCGAGGAGUCCACGGGAUGUUCCCUCUGCACCUGGCGGCUCUGAACGCUCACUCCGACUGCUGCCGCAAGCUGCUGUCCUCAGGUUUCCAGAUCGACACCCCCGACACGCUGGGGAGGACCUGCCUGCACGCUGCGGCCGCCGGAGGUAACGUGGAGUGUGUGAAGCUGCUCCUGAGCAGUGGAGGAGAUCACAACAGGAGAGACACGUGUGGAAGGACUCCUCUUCACUACGCCGCCGCCAGUCGUCACUACCAGUGUCUGGAGACGCUGGUGGCGUGUGGCACCGCCAUUAACGUCACCGACCAGUGGGGGCGCUCUGCCCUGCACUACGCUGCGGCCUCGGACCUGGACAGGAGGCGUCGUGUGAAUCUGGAGCCGGAGAGUGACGGAGUUCAGGCGGAGAGAGAGAAAGAGGCCGGACUAUGUUUGGAGUUCCUGCUGCAGAGCGGAGCCACGGCCUCGCUCAGGGACAAGCAGGGCUACAGCUCGGUCCACUACGCCGCCGCCUACGGACACAGGCACGGCCUGGAACUGCUGCUGGACCGAGACGACAGUCGCCAUGAUGACCCCGAGUCUCCGAGUGCCAGGAGCCCGCUGCACCUCGCUUCGUACCACGGCCACGCUCAGGCCCUGGAGGUGCUGCUGCAGGGGGAGCGGGAGGUGGACCAGGGGGACGAGCUGGGGAGGACCCCCCUGGCCCUGGCCGCCCUCCGGGGCCACACUGACUGCGUCCACACCCUCCUCAGCCAGGGGGCGUCACCGCGCACCACAGACACGCAGCACGGACGCACCCCCGUCCACCUGGCAGUGAUGAACGGUCACACGUCGUGUGUGCGCCUCCUGCUGGACGAAUCGGACUGUGCAGAGCUCGUGGACGCUGCUGACGCUCUGGGACAGACUCCUCUGAUGCUGGCGGUGGCCGGAGGUCACGUGGACGCCAUGUCGCUGCUGCUGGAGAGGGAGGCGAGCGUCAACCUGGCAGAUAACCACGGCCUCACCGCGCUGCACCUCGGGCUGCUGUGUGGUCAGGAGGAGUGCAUCCAGUGUCUGCUGGAGCAGGAAGCCUCGGUUCUGCUCGGCGACUCUCGCGGUCGCACGCCCAUCCACCUCGCCGCCGCCCGGGGCCACGCCUCCUGGCUGAGCGAGCUGCUGAGCAUCGCCUGCUCCGAGCCGCCGGCCCUGCCGCCGCUGAGGGACCACAGCGGAUACACGCCGCUGCACUGGGCCUGCUACUACGGUCAGGAGGGGUGUGUCGAGGUCCUGCUGGAGCAGAAAGGUUGUCGCUGUAUCGAUGGAAACCCGUUCACGCCGCUGCACUGCGCUGUGGCCAACGACCACGAGCCGUGUGCGUCUCUGCUGCUGGAGGCCAUGGGCUCCGACAUCGCCAGCUGCAAGGACGCCAAGGACAGGACUCCUCUUCACGCUGCCGCCUUCACGGGUCACGUGGAAUGUGUCCAGCUGCUGCUCUCACACGAUGUGACCGUCGAUGACGUGGACCAAUCGGGUCGCACGGCUCUGAUGAUGGCGGCUGAGAAGGGCAAAGUCGGGGUCCUCGACGUUCUGUUGACCGGCGCCGGCGCCAAGAUCAGCGCCACGGACAAAGAUGGCAACACGGCGCUGCACCUGUCCUGCAGUAAUGGAAAGGAGGACUGUGUGAUGUUGAUCCUGGAGAAGCUGACGGACACUUCGCUGAUCAGCGCCACAAACGCAGCGCUGCAGACUCCUUUGCACCUGGCGGCGCGCAGCGGCCUGAAGCAGGCGGUGCAGGAGCUUCUGUCCCGAGGAGCCAGCGUUCAGACGGUGGAUGAGAACGGUCUGACCCCCGCUCUGGCUUGUGCUCCGAGCAGAGAGGUGGCUGAUUGCCUGGCUCUCAUUCUGGCUACCAUGAUGCCUUUCUGCUCCCCUUGCAGCUCCGGGGCCCCGUCCCCAGGCGUCCUGCUGAGGCACCUGCCCCCCCCGGCAGGAAAGGGCCCCGGCCCGGCCCCGGGGCCUCGGGCCCCUCGGAGCCCCAGGAACCCCUCCAGACCCUCAAGUGAGGGAACCACAGAGAACGACUCGGAGGACUCGGAAACCUUCUGACCCCCCCCCCACCCCCCCGACGCUUCCUGUGGAGACUUGGUGACCGAAGAAGACACGGAGCAAAAUGUCCAAUAUUAAACCAAGAAAUAAUCACAUGGAUACUGACAGAAAUUAUGAAAAUGAAUUAAACUCGACUUAAUUAAAAUAACUUCCAUUUUUAACAAAUUAUAAAAACAAUAUGUUGUGUCGCUUACUUCAUAUGUUUUAAUACUGAUGCUAGUUUUUUAAAUAUUAAAUUAAAUAUUUCUGUUUAUUCAACAUUCAAGCCUGUAAUGGACAUUUCAAAUAAGCCACGGAAUCUUAAAUCAUUUAAUUAUUAUUACUGAUGCAUCAAUGAAUCAAAUAAUCAAACUUAACAAAUUGAAUAAUGUGCAGUUAAUUCAUGUGAUUACUUCUCGUAUUGAUUUAAUAUUGAAAGAUUGAGACGAAGGUCAGCGUCGGACUCUUCUUCUCUUUUUAUGGAUCAUGAACAGAAUCUUCUUCAGGUCAAACGUUUUUUUAUUUGUGCCCUUUUUCCAAAAAAGACAAAUUUAUAUUAAAAAAAAAAUCAGAUGGGAGCGGAGUGAGGAACCAGCAGCUGAAGAGGGCUGGGAUCUGGACUGGGAUCUGGACCUGCACUGGUCUGCAUGCUGGUGUUCUCCCAACGCGCUUCGUUCCUUCUCCUCACUGGUGCUUCAAUCCAAACCGACCUCGGUACUCAGUCUCUGAUUGGCUCAGAGCCGCGGAGACGCGCUUUGUCUUAGAAAAAUGAAAAAGUCAAGAAAAAAGCCAUUUUUAAAACUGUUUGUACAAAACGAAGUAGAUCGUUAGAAACGUUCAGUGUAACUUUGACCUUUUUAUGAGUUCAGCAGAUAUCUGACUUCCACUCACGAGAAGCUUCGUGAGCAGCAGAGCUCGACUUGAACUCUUUUAACGACUGAAGCACAAAGUAGGAUUUUACUGUUUGACUGUGACGAGCUGGAGUGAGACGCUCACCACUUCAGGAAAGAGGAAAACAUCCCAGUUCCUUCAUCACAUCCCAGUUCCUUCAUCACGUCCCAGUUCCUUCAUCAGGUCUUUUCCACACGUCUGUGACUUCAGACUGAAAAUAUCUCAACUAUUAAGAAGGAUUGUGAUGUUGAGACACUCGAGGUCCACGGAGGAGGAAACUUCACUCAUCUUAAUUACAGUCCAUGAGAUCUACACUCAAAACCAGUGGAAUUCAUUUCUCUGUUGAUAACUGAUGAAUCAUUUCAUCUUCUUCUUUUCAAUCAUUUACAGUUUCCAGAUUCAGGAUUUCAUGUUUUAUUUGUCACAUUCGAUCUUUAAUCUUUAUGAGCCUCGGAACAAAAGUCAAAUUUAAACAAAUCUUAAAAAUCAUGACCGGACUGUGGGAAACGAUAUGAGAUCAAAUUACAGUCGGUUCUUGGUUUUGAAUUCAUGUUAAUUUGUGAUCAACGUUUUGUGAAACUCACGUGAACGAGUGAAACGUCUGGUAAACGUCUCCCUCUCUGUUUGACGUGGAAAUUACAGGGAGGCAGAUUUUGUAUGGACUGAAAAUCCUCGACUUCUGAAUCAUUCUGUUUAUCGUGGGUUAUGAACGAUGUACUGGGAGAACUGGGAUGUUUCCCCUCUGAUGGACACAGGGUCCGUGCAGACGUGACGGACGGAUGAGUUUAUGCAUUUUAUCGUGUGGCCUGACAAGAGGCCUCGUGCACUGUCCCGUCUCCAUGUUUGUCCCCGACCCGUCAUGCACACGUCUGUCCAGCAGGGGAGCCGGCGCCCGGGCAGCGUGAACUGUCCCCAGCACAAAACCCUGAUUGUUCACGAGACCAAACUCAAGUUCAUUGUUGUUAUUUAUGAUCAAGUCCAACAUGAUGGUACAAAUGCUGCCAGCACUUAAAUGUAGAAUAACACAGGGCCUUGACCCCCCCCCCCCCCUCACCACCCCCCCACCCUGUCCACCAGCUACGUGCCAUCGUCUCCAACGUGUCCAGUGCCUUGAUGUCCAUCACGGUUUCUUUUACCACGUGUGUUACUCGAUUGUCACGUUCACCAAAAGUCCAAAAUAAUGAAUUGAGCUAAAAUAAGAAAGAAAUUAACAGAUUCAGUGAAAUCUGUUUUCAGUUUGUUCUCCGGAGUCGAGAGGACAUUGUUGUUUAAGAUCUUUAUAUUUCGUACUUCUGGUGAAACAGUUUUUGGUGAUCUGAGCGGUGAGGAUUGAGGAGUUUGUUCCUUUAACGCUGAUGAUUUUCUGAAUUUAUCUUAAUCUCAACAAAUCCCCACGAGAACAGACGUCACAAACCGAUUUGUUCUCUAAUGACAAACAUCGUAAAAUCUCACAAAUCAGUAAUUUAAGGCUUUGAAACAUUCCCCACACAGAUUGGGACUUAUGGUUUGUUUUGAGCUGCAGAUUAAUGCACACCAGAGAUUUGAAGGAUUUGUUGACGAUAAGAAAAACAGGAAACUUCUCCAGCCUCAUUCUUUUCAGUCGGUCGAGUGUGUUUGUGUUAAUUUAGGUACUGAUAUGAAAUUAAACCCUUUUGUACAUAAUGUCGACGUGAAGCUUUGUAUGAAAAACACGAGCACAGAGUGACGUCUGCAUCCGGAGCGGCUGAAUACGAACAGUGUUUUUUAAUUUGAGUUAUUAAACGAUGUGUGUGAAUAUUAACAAGUUUAUUUUGAAGUCGCUGCAGUGAAACGACUCUGACGUCUGAUGGACGCAUGUUGAGAAGCUCAGUGUCUCUCUGCUCACUGUCCCUGCUGAGACUGAAUCUGUCUGCCAGUAUUAUUAUUAAUUAUUAAUUAUUAAUGAGCUUCACCAGUCCGGACAAUCGUCACGUCUCUGAAGAGUUUCUUUCCAGUUCCUGAUGCAGUACGACAUGUUGAGGGCUGUUUGACACCUUGUUUUAUAUAAACUGUUCGAUUCUACAAAUCUU